AUGACACGAGUGCGGUGCGUCAUCAGAAAUGAUCAGCGAUGGCUUCUGGCAGAAUAUUUGGGAUUAUCGCGGCUGAUACAGAUAAUACUUGUAGCAAUUAUGAUCACACUUUGUGGAGCGUCUUGUUUAUACAAUGAGGAUGAGGAGCCUCCACCCUCCCCGUCAUCUCUGGGCGAUGGUUUCUUCUCUGUGACAAACUCCACUCUCACCGUCCACCUCGGCUGCUACCAACUUUCCAGUCCAAAUUCGCAGGAGAUUUCUGUUGGGGUGAAAAACAUCAUAAGGAAUCCCAAAUUUACAGAUGUGGGCUCGUUGGGGGACAUCAGCCUCAUAGAGUUGAAGACACCGGUCAACUAUACCGCAUACAUCCUCCCGGUCUGUCUGCCCACUGCCGAUGUGAACUUCACCAUGGGACUGCAGUGCUGGGUCACCGGCUGGGGGAGCAUCAGGUCCGGAGUGAGUCUCCCGAGCCCUCAGACUCUGCAGGAGGCCCAGAUCCCCCUGAUCGAUAUAAAGACCUGCGACUCUCUCUACCAUAUCCAGUCUGAUGUCAGCAGCUCGGUUCCCAUAAUCCUGAGCGAUAUGAUAUGUGGGGGAUACCAAGCAGGCGGAACAGACUCCUGUCAGGGAGACUCCGGGGGUCCUCUGGUCUGCUCCCAGGGCGGACAGUGGUUUUUAGCCGGGCUGGUGAGUUGGGGAGAUGGUUGUGGAAAGGUGAACCGCCCCGGGGUGUACACCCGACUGACUUCCUUUCAGAACUGGAUUAAGCAAAAUGCUCCUGGGACAGAGAAGAACAUGGUGGACGUUGUCUUCAAUGUGACUGUGAACAGAGAUGCCUACUUGAAUUUGAGCAGCACAGCUACACCGAUCUCUUCCAAAAUGUGGCCAAUCGUUUUAUCAGCUGUUUUAUAUGUCUGGAUGUUAUGA